AUGGCUUGUUUUCUGGCAUCAGUAUUUCUUUUCAUUCUCCAGACAUAUGCCGCCCCGCCCGAGUUUGUUCAGGCAGGCCUUGGUAUAACGCUCGACUCCAUGGCCAUUGAUUCUGGACUAGCAGCCAAUGUCUCUCAAGAUAUACCACCCCCAGGAACAAGCAAAAGAACCCCCCACAGUAUCAUCAUCGGGGUACGUAAAGGGGGCACGAGAGCUCUGUUGGAGAUGCUAGACAUCCACCCCGAGGUCGCUGCCGCCGCCACCGAGGUGCACUACUUCGACUGGGACGAAAACUAUGCCAAGGGCCUCGAGUGGUACCGCGACCUGAUGCCCUACUCUUACCCCCACCAGAUCACGAUCGAGAAAACUCCUGGUUACUUUACAUCGGCCCUUGCGCCAGAACGCAUCUGUGCCAUGAACUCGUCUAUGAAACUUCUGCUGAUCCUGCGAGACCCUGCCGAGCGGGUCAUCUCUGACUACACCCAGGUGUAUUUCAACCGGCUGGAGAACCACAAGCCAGUACAAGCCAUAGAGAAUCUGCUUGUGCGCAAUGGGGCCCUGAAUAUCCGGUACAAGGCCAUACAGAGGAGCCUGUAUGACAUCCACAUGCGUAACUGGCUGGCCUACUUCCCCUUGGAGCAGAUACACAUAGUGGAUGGGGAUUCUCUGAUCCGGGACCCCUUGCCAGAGCUUCAGAAGGUGGAGCGCUUCCUGAACUUGCCUCCAAGGAUAGUAUCCUCCAACUUCUACUUCAACCAGACCAAGGGGUUCUACUGUAUCCGGAGUGACGGGCGAGAGCGCUGUCUGCAUGAGUCUAAAGGACGCCCCCACCCUGCCGUCAACAGCACCGUCCUGCAGCAGCUCCGCUCCUACCUGCAGGAACACAACCGGACCUUCUUCAAGCUGGUGAAGCGCACAUUCAGCUGGCAAUAA